AUGUUUUACGCAAAUUUGGAUAAUUCAUCGCUCGAUGAUGGGAAAAAAUCACAGCAAGCUGGGAAUAAACGUGGUUGCCUUAGUCUUGGUGCUGUUUGUAAUAGCCAUACCGACUGUUGUGGUCAUGAUGAUCCUGAAAGCGGUCAUUGUAUUCUUUGCACUGGUAUUCUUCCGGGACUUUUUGGUGUUGGCAGUCGUACCUGUGGUUGUAGUAAAUUUUCUGUUGCUGGCAGUCGUGACACCGGUACUCUGACUGAUAUUUGCGAUGGUAAAGAUCGGUCUGGUAGUCGUGUUUGUCGUACACGUGUUGCUCCUCCUGGUCAUAUGUAUUAUCGUGGCGAUGAUUUCUACUAUGGUCAUGGGAAAAAACCUUAGGGUUUAAAUGUUUGGAAAUUUGCCCGUCCAUUUUUUCACUCUUAUACACCUCCAUUUAGAGGAUUAACAAUCGAUAAUGAGGUUGAAAGAGAUACACAAAAAAUAUGUGAUCAAUUAGGUAAUUAUUUUGAACAGCAUUUUUCUCCACCAAUACCAGAUUAUGUAAAUAAAACACAUGAACAUUCCCUCAUCGUAUAUGAAAGUAUUGCUUAUUUACCAAAUAUGCCACUGAAUAUGAUAUCUUAUGCACAAGUUUACAAAAAUUGGAAAAAAUUCUCUCCAAAAAAAUCAUUAGAUAGUUCGAAAACAUCAGCAUAUCUAUUAAAAAAGCUUCCAGUUGAAUAUAUGAAUGUUUUCACUGUUCUUUUCAAUAAAUGUGCAUCGAAAGGAAAUGUUUUUGAAGAGAGUGCUCCACAAGGUUCUGUUCUAUCAGCAACACUUUUUCGUUUACACAUCCAUUUUUUACCUAAAACACUUGCGCGUUUUUGCUCUCAUUUAUUUGCUGAUGAUCUUGCAUUAAUAAUUAAAGGCUCAAUAGAAAAAAAAUUUACACAAAAUAUUGAAGAUAUAGAACAACAAGCUAGUAUAGCUAUGAAAUUAUUAGAAAAUUUUUCGAAGAAUUUAAUACUUCCGUUUCUUCGUUUAAAUAUUUAG